AUGUUCAAGCUUGCUGUGUUUGCCGUGGCCUUGACCCUGGCAUCGGCCAGCCUUGAAUCUAACUGGCUGGUCUACAAGAAAUCUCACAACAAGACCUACGCUGGAGACGAAGACUCAGUUCGACGCCUGAUCUGGCAGUCAAAUCUGCAGAAGAUCGAGCAGCACAAUGAGCUGUACGCACAGGGUCUGUCCAGUUACUACAUGGGUGAAAAUGAGUUUUCCGACAUGACUCACCAGGAAUUCGUAGCUGUGAUGAACGGCUUCAAAGCCAACAAAAAACUGAACCCAGGUAACUACCAGACUGGACUCUACAAAGACACCCUUCCCGCCUCUGUGGACUGGCGCACCAAGGGAUACGUCACUGAAAUCAAGAACCAGGGACAGUGCGGUUCAUGCUGGGCUUUCUCUACAACUGGCUCAGUAGAAGGUGCACAUUUCAAAGCCACCGGAACAUUGGUCAGUCUGUCUGAGUCAAACUUGGUCGACUGCUCACAGAAAUACGGUAACCAAGGUUGCAACGGUGGUCUGAUGGACGAUGCCUUCAACUACAUCAUCCACAACAAGGGUAUCGAUACGGAGAAGAGCUACCCGUACAGGGCUGAGGAUGAGAAAUGCAAGUUCAAGAAAGCCGAUGUUGGUGCAACCAUUAAAUCUUUCAAAGAUAUUGUAUCUGGCAAUGAAGACGAUCUCCAGAAAGCUGUAGCCGAGAUUGGCCCCGUCAGUGUUGCAAUUGAUGCCAGCCAAGACUCCUUCCAGAGCUACGCAGGUGGAGUCUACGACGAGCCCGCCUGCAGCACCACUGAGCUUGAUCACGGUGUCUUGGCAGUUGGAUAUGGCGUCCAGGAUGGCAAGGAUUACUGGAUCGUUAAGAACAGCUGGGGAGAGAGCUGGGGAGAGAAAGGUUACAUCCUGAUGUCCAGGAACAAGAAAAACCAGUGCGGUAUUGCCACAAGUGCCAGCUACCCAAUCGCAUAA